GUGCGUCGUGCUCAACUCAAAGCUCUUUUCCUUUAUAUAAAUUGAGUCUUAUGCGAUUCUAUUCGUAGCUGACCAGUUUCGUAGUACCUUGUGUCUGUGUGUGAUCCUCCAUUACCAACUUCACAGCACACUACUACAGAUUUCCGUUUCCAUCUAACCAUGGCUCCAGCUGCAACUGCAUCUUCGGAUUCAAUAAAGCCUAGAGAUGUUUGUAUUGUUGGUGUUGCACGUACACCAAUGGGUGGGUUUCUUGGUAGUCUGUCAUCCAUACCUGCCACCAAGCUUGGGUCUAUAGCUAUUGAAGCUGCUCUUAAAAGGGCUAAUAUUGAUUCGUCACUUGUGGAGGAAGUUUUCUUUGGCAAUGUUCUCAGUGCAAAUUUAGGGCAGGCUCCUGCUAGACAAGCUGCACUAGGUGCAGGAAUACCUAAUUCAGUGGUCUGUACCACUGUUAACAAAGUUUGUGCUUCGGGGAUGAAAGCAACAAUGCUUGCAGCACAGAGCAUUCAGUUGGGUAUUAAUGAUGUUGUUGUGGCUGGUGGGAUGGAAAGCAUGUCUAAUGCACCAAAGUAUCUCGCAGAAGCAAGGAAGGGAUCUCGACUUGGACAUGACACUCUCGUUGAUGGAAUGUUGAAAGAUGGUCUGUGGGAUGUCUAUAAUGAUGCUGGCAUGGGAGUUUGUGCCGAAAUAUGUGCAGAUAACCAUUCAAUAACAAGGGAGGAGCAGGAUGACUUUGCCAUUCAGAGCUUUGAGCGGGGUAUUGCUGCCCAAGACAGUGGUUUAUUUGCAUGGGAAAUUGUUCCGGUUGAGGUUUCUGGAGGAAGGGGAAGACCUUCAACUAUUGUUGACAAGGAUGAAGGUUUAGGAAAGUUUGAUCCUGCCAAAUUGCGGAAGCUCCGGCCAAGUUUCAAGGAGAGUGGAGGUUCUGUCACAGCUGGAAAUGCUUCUAGCAUAAGUGAUGGUGCUGCUGCAUUAGUCCUGGUGAGUGGAGAAAAGGCAAUAAAGCUGGGACUACAUGUGAUCGCAAAGAUCAGCGGAUAUGCUGAUGCUGCUCAGGCACCAGAAUUGUUCACUACAGCUCCGGCCCUAGCAAUUCCAAAAGCUAUUUCAAAUGCUGGCUUGGAGGCUUCACAAGUUGAUUUCUAUGAAAUUAACGAAGCCUUUGCUGUUGUGGCUCUUUCAAAUCAGAAAUUGCUCGGACUUAACUCAGAAAAAGUUAAUGUCCAUGGAGGGGCCGUAUCCUUGGGACAUCCUCUUGGUUGCAGUGGAGCACGUAUCUUGGUCACCCUUUUGGGGGUACUGAAGCAGAAGAACGGGAAGUAUGGUGUUGGUGGGGUUUGCAAUGGUGGAGGUGGUGCAUCCGCCCUCGUCGUAGAGCUACUUUAAGCCUUUUUCCAUAUUUCGAAUCUCUUGCUGGUAAUAUGAAGGAAGAGAGCGUUUGAAUCAUCUAAAGUUCAAGUGGAUACCUGGGGCAAAAUGCAAGACCUUUUCAAGGAAAGAAGAAUUUUCUAUCACCCCUCAAAAAUUCCCUAUUGUGCAACUUUAUCUCUAUUUCUUUUUUCCCCACUCUUUCCCAAUAAAUAUAAUAGUGUAUUUAGCUUCGAUUUGAAAUAUAUUACCAACCUUUUUCAUCAUGUUUCUCUCUCUCUCUCUCUCUCUGCUUGUUAAAUUUAAUAACCAAAAAAAUAUAAAAAAUAUAAAGAAAAAAGUUGAAUAGUGACCAAAAAGUUAAAAGGAUUUCGGAUCUGUUGCAGAUUUAACUAGAUUUGUAUGAUAACAACUACAUUUCAUAGAUAUUAUUUCCUUCUCACUUUCUGGCUCUGUUUUUCUAUUUAUCAAUUUCAUCAUUGCUUUACUUUUUCUUUUUGUCUUUUUAAGAAUAGCAAAAAGUUAAAUAACCACAAGGGAACCAAGAAACUACCGCAUCAUAUUCCCCAUGGUACUAAAAUAUUUCUGUUUUAUUACACUUCCAGUUUAUCUUCCAAUAAGCUGCCAUGUUGGUGAAUCUGACACCUUUAAUUUUCUUCUAUGCGGAAAACGGAGAGCAAAGCAAGAGCAGCACAUACUGUAUACAGCAAAUAACCGCGGCACAAAUUUAAAGCUAAUUUGGUUUGCAAAUGGAAAAUAGAGGGCCCAACAAGUAGACCGCACACAUGGCAUUCCUAAUGUUUAAAGACUUUAAAUCAUGACCAUCAUUUCAUAAUAAUCAUAUGAUCCUGGUAAUAUGUGAAUCUUAUGAAAUUGAUAAGAAACCAUAAACAUAAAAUUUGGGUUGCUUUUUGGAUUCUUAAUCCUAAUUAUUUAUUGUUCGUUUACUAUAAAUACGAGUUAAUAUUAACUAAAAUUUUUUGAUAAUAAAUAUUAAUUAAAAUUCAUUAGACAUUUCAACUCCAAUUUGAAGGAGAAAUAAAAAAAUACAAGCACCAUAUUAAAAAUGGAAUCGGAUGGUUUUAAAUCAGAUAGGUUUUUUUUUUUUUUUUUUUUCAUAACUGCUAUUAACUCACACUGAUAAACAUUUGAAAUGGGUAAAUUUAAUGCAGUUAAACAAACACCUAUACAUUAGCAAAGCACACAGAAAAAGUGAAAUGGAGUAAUAUAUUAAGAUGGAGCUGACCUCACUGAAUCCCUUCCAUUUGUUCUCUCUCUCUCUCUCUAACCAAUGAGUCACCAACCAAAGAGUGUGAACCCAACUUCAAAUUGGGGAAGAAUUUAGCUAAAAGGGUUGGUGCAUCGCUGGAAAUAGCAAGCACCGUUAAAGUGGUUUUUUUUAAUUUUUUUCCUUUUUUAAUUUUAAUUUUAAAUUGUGGGCCCCCACUCUUUAAUCAUCGCGGGCAUACAUUCUCCGGCCCAUUGGCCCACUUCUCUCUCUCUCUCUCUCUCUUCCCCCGCUCUCUUUCUCACUCUCUAUGUUCUUCUUCUUCUGAGAAUAGAGAGAAUUAUCCAUAGGCAACAGGAAAAAGAAUUAGGAGGCGGCUCAUAGUAGUUCCUCAGAAACCCCAAAGCGAAACCCAUGGCGUGAAGUUUUAUCUUCUAUAGGAAAAAGGUAUACCACUGCCCAAGUUUGGUGAAUGGGAUGUCAAUGACCCAGCAUCAGCUGAGGGUUUCACAGUUAUCUUUAACAAGGCUAGGAAUGAGAAAAAGACUGGUGGAAAACCUGAUUCACCAACAAAGGAGGACUCCACGUUCAAGCAUGAGGCAGUCCUUGGAAAACCUGCAUCU